UGUAGUUUAGUCCCCAGUGAUGCAGGAUCACCUGGGUCCCCUUCAAGUGGACAUGUUGGCAACAUUAGUCCACCAUCCAGCUUAUGUUUCAGAGUGUGUAUUUAGAACAAUAAAGCAAAUCUUGCUUUGCUUGAAUACAGGCCCUGCCCACAGGGCAGCUAUGACUCAAUCCUGGAACAAAGUAGAAUAGACCAAAACCUUCCAGAAUUUAUCCCCAUCAUGCCCAUCCCACAAUCCUGACAUUUGUUUGCUUCAACACUCUCUUAAUCAGCUUCCUACUUUUCUUUCCUACUAAGCAAGGGUAUGCUGUUCAAACACCCAAAUGCACUCUGUCCUAGCUCCUUUUUAUUUCCCAAUACAUUUGUCUUUCCUCCAUCACUCACACUUUCUUCUGUGUUUUUUCCAACAAUUUGUAGUUAUUUAAAAAGCCCUCUCUCAUCAAAGGACCAUCUUCCUUGUUUCGGGGGCUUACAGGUAGGGAUGAUGGUUUGAGACUAGUUUCUGUUUUGCAGUAUACCUUUGAGUGAACAACCUGGAAGGAAGACAGUUGAUAGUAUAUAGAAAUGAGGAGAAAGGCCUUUUCUGGAGGUAAAACUGCAGGGGGAGCCAGGCAGACAUGGAGAAGAAUCCUUGAUGGUUUAUACUUUUUGGGAAAUCCUGUACCCAGUGAAUUAAUUUGCUUUGACUUGGCUGUUUAUAGUCCUGUUUCUUUUUUCCUAAUCAAGACAAAUGAGGCUCAACUAAGGAAAGUGAAUAUAAGAUACUUAUCCUGAAACUAAACUCCUCUUUUAACUCUCAUGAAUGACAAGUAGGACGAUUAAAAUGUGUGAGCACUAAGAAUUACUUAACUAACUAACCCUGGUAUUUUCUCUAGGGUAGGAGGCUGAAGCAUCUUUCUCCAGAAAUGUCUUUGGAAAGCAAAGGGCGACGUGUCCUUCCACCUAGAGACCCUGGUGAAGGAAGUGUCCAGUGCAGUCCUCCGUCUAGGACCCAUCUGGGGCUUGAAAGGGAAUCAAGUACUGACUUCAAGCAAUUUGAGGCCAAUGAUCAAUGCAGACCUUAUCCUAGGAUCCAUAUGGAGCCUCAAGAGAAAUCAAAUAUUAACUUCAAGCAAUUUGUCAUAAAAAAACUACGGAAGAGUUGCCAGUGCAACCCAUCCAAAGCCAAAAAUACGAUUUUUGGUUUCCUUCCUGUUUUACAUUGGCUCCCAAAAUAUGACCUGAAAAAAAACAUUUUAGGAGAUUUGAUGUCUGGCUUGAUCGUGGGCAUCUUAUUGGUGCCCCAGUCCAUUGCUUAUUCCCUCUUGGCUGGCCAAGAACCUAUUUAUGGUCUGUACACAUCUUUUUUUGCCAGCAUCAUUUAUUUUCUAUUGGGUACCUCCCAUCACAUCUCUGUGGGCAUCUUUGGGAUUCUGUGCCUUAUGAUUGGUGAGGUAGUUGAACGAGAACUGCACAAAGCUGGCUAUGACACGGCUCACAUUGCUUCUUCUUUAGGGAUGACUUCACAUGGGAGCACAUUAGACCAGACACCAUAUAGGAUAUGUGACAGAAGUUGCUAUGCAAUUACAGUUGGCAGCACUAUAACCUUUAUCGCUGGAGUUUAUCAGGUAGCGAUGGGCUUCUUUCAAGUGGGCUUUGUUUCUAUCUACCUCUCAGAUGCCUUGCUGAGCGGAUUUGUCACUGGUGCCUCCUUCACUAUUCUUACAUCUCAGGCCAAGUACCUCCUUGGGCUCAACCUUCCUCGGAGCAACGGCGUGGGCUCACUGAUCACUACUUGGAUAAACAUCUUCAGAAACAUCCAUAAGACCAAUCUCUGUGAUCUCUGCACCAGCUUUUUGUGCCUUCUGGUUCUUUUGCCAACCAAGGAACUCAAUGAGCACUUCAAGUCCAAGCUUAAGGCACCAAUUCCUACUGAACUCAUUGUCAUUGUGGCAGCCACAUUAGCCUCUCAUUUUGGAAAACUCAGUGAGAAAUACAAUAUCAGUAUUGCUGGGCAUAUUCCCACUGGAUUUAUGCCACCCAAAGCACCGGACUGGAACUUGAUUCCUAGUGUGGCUAUAGAUGCCAUAGCUAUCUCUAUCAUUGGCUUUGCAAUCACUGUAUCACUUUCUGAGAUGUUUGCCAAGAAACAUGGCUAUACAGUCAAAGCAAAUCAGGAAAUGUAUGCCAUUGGCUUAUGCAAUAUCAUCCCUUCCUUCUUCCACUGUUUCACUACUAGUGCAGCUCUUGCAAAGACACUGGUUAAAGAAUCAACAGGCUGCCAAACUCAGCUUUCCAGUGUGGUGACAGCGCUGGUGCUUCUGUUGGUCCUCCUGGUAAUAGCUCCUUUAUUCUAUUCCCUUCAGAAAAGUGUCCUUGGUGUGAUCACUAUUGUCAAUCUCCGGGGAGCCCUAUGUAAAUUUAGGGAUCUUCCCAAGAUGUGGAGGGUUAGCAGGGUGGAUACAGUUAUCUGGUUUAUUACUAUGCUGUCCUCUGCAUUGAUAAGUACUGAAAUAGGCCUGCUCAUUGGGGUUUGUUUUUCUAUGUUUUGUGUCAUCCUCCGCACUCAAAAGCCAAAGAUUUCAUUGCUUGGCUCGGUGGAAGAGUCUGAACUCUUUGAAUCCAUGUCUGCUUACAAGAACCUUCAGGAUAAGCCAGACAUCAAAAUUUUCCGCUUUGUAGCCCCUCUUUACUACAUAAACAAGGAAUAUUUUAAAUCUGCUUUAUAUAAAAAGACUGUCAACCCAAUCUUAGUAAAAGCAGCUUGGAAAAAGGCAGCAAAGAAGAUCAAAAAGGAAACAGUGACUUUCAGUGGGGUCCAGGAUGAAGUUUCAGUGCAACUUUCUCAUGACCCCUUGGAGCUCCAUACCAUAGUGAUUGACUGCAGUGCAAUACAGUUUUUAGAUACAGCAGGGAUCCAUACACUGAAAGAAGUUCGCAGGGAUUAUGAAGCCAUUGGCAUCCGGGUUCUGCUGGCUCAAUGUAAUCCCUCUGUGAGGGAUUCUCUGGCCUGGGGAGAGUACUGCAAAAAGGAAGAUGACAACCUUCUCUUUUAUAGUGUAUAUGAAGCAGUGGCUUUUGCAGAAGAAUUGCAAAAUCAUAAAGGAAUAUGUACUCCCAACAGUCUGAGUCUUUCCACUGAAUAGAUAGAAGGAAGAAAGAUAGCUAACCAGUAGGUUCCACAAUGGAAAUGUACGCUUCAAAUGCUAACCUACUGGCUAGGCAGUAUUCUUCUUUGGAAGCUGCUGGCUUUUAUAGAUAGAAAGGUGCUGCAGAGCUCAUAGGUAAAAUCAAAAAGAAAAUACUGUGGUUUUAAGCUUUCUUGGAAAUAUGAGGUAUUCUUGAAAUUAAACAUCUAUUGAAUUGAACUAUAAAGUAUCCCCAGGACUUAACUACCAUGUUGUUUUAGAAGAUAAGCAUUUAGACUCUUCUCCAGGAAGUAAAGGGGUAAAGCUGGCAUUUAUAUAAGAAGUGCUGGAGCCUGCUUGACAUGGCUCUUUGGAGAGGAGUAGAAAGGUGGCAGGGAAAGGAUGUUGUGCUUGCUUUUGUACCUGCAGGCCCAGAGGCUUCUGGAGCACACAGUAAUGACUAAACAAGUUUAUUCUUUUUUUUUAAAUUUUUUUCUUAUCAUUAAUCUACAAUUACAUGAAGAACAUUAUGUUUACUAGGCUCUCCCCUACCCCAAGUCCCCCCCACAAACCCCAUU